AUGCCAAGUGCAACAACUGCAAGCUUUGAUGACGACUUUAUCUCCGAUCGGCUGUUAACUUUUAUGCAUAAUGGCGAGUAUAGUGGCGGAUCGAAUAACAGAGCGUCUUUCACGGGACUAAACACGCUCGGACUUCCAGCUAGCACCCAGAAAACCUUCUCUUUAGAUAAAGACAGCGGCCUAGGAACCAUGUCAUUGAAUAGGUCAAAUCCGGUAACGUGUAAUUCCCCCAUGCAGCCAGUGACGAAUGGUUAUGCUGUAAUGGCCUCCCCACAUCUCAUGAACAAGUAUCCGAGUGGCAUGAUAAGCAGCGCUUUUACCACUCCAAAUCCUGGAAACAAGGUGAUGGAUGACUAUCAUAGCCUUCAGAAUUCACCAUUCUACAAUCAUUAUCCGCUUACUGCUACGCUUAAACGCCAAACCGAUGCGUCUUGUAGCAACGUUCUCAUGAACUCCAACUCUAUCGACUGCCCUCCAUUGGUGCUUUCAAGACGUCCACCCCAGCGAGAACUCUUUCCUUCUAUGCCCAUUCCACGUUGUGAUAACGGCUGGUCCGCCAUCAACACCGCCGCCAAUAGCCAAGCAUCCGGACUGUUUAUGCAAGACCGUCUUUUCUACAAUUCAGUCGCACAGAAACGCGGCUACAUCGUGGGGCCGGAGUUGGAGCGAAUUAAGGAGAAUUCGCGACGCUCCACCAGCCAUACCUACGGCCGAAUUUCUGCCCACUUUCGUAAUCGGUAUGGGGAGACGGAAGCCAAGACUAAAGCCUCAUAUAUGCAGCUGGGUGUUCGAGUACCCAGCAAAGAUCAUGUCUCCGAGAUUGUCGGAAAAGGAGGUCAGAAAAUCAAGUUAAUUCGAGAAGAGACGGGGGCGCUGAUAACCACUCCAGGAGAGUACGAGGAUCACGUCUUCAUAAUAGAGGCCCCACCGGAAAUCGCACUCCACGUGGCUGAGCUAAUUUCAACGCGAGCGCAGGAGAUCACCCAGAGCAAGAUGUCGGCAAGUGAGCGUCGUCGUGGUUCCACUAGCUCCAUACCUGGUUGCAUGUCUCUCUUCUCGGUCAAUGGAUCGGUUGGCGCUUCCAGUGGGACCGGUGGAGGACGCCUAGUUAGUCGUAGCCCCGACGACCUACCGAAUGCAUCCCUUCCCUCUCCUGCACCGCUCCUCAAAACCACACUCAAUUCCAUAACCCCUGGCGUCAAUAGUGGUAUCGCUGUCACCGCUGUUAACUCCGCUGAGACCUUUUCCUUCAACAGCAGUAAUGGUACCAACAGCGGUGUUGGAAACGGUCUCCUCGCUUCGAAUGGAAACAACUUGAGCAGUUCCAGUGGACGCAUUCUUCUCGCGCGCUCGAAAAUCUCUGUCCCACAGGACAUGGUGGGAAAAAUAAUCGGCACUCAGGGUUCGAUUAUUACUACGAUUCAGAAGGAUACAGGGACGGAGAUCAAGAGUCCCCCUAAGGAGGCGGCUCGUGGUCCUUCUGCCACAUCAGAAUUCGAAAUAUCUGCCUACCAGUCGCUUGGGAUGACUUCUAACCAGGCUGCCGAGUGUCGAGUUCAACAGGCAAAGCAACUGAUUGGUCAUUUGGUGAUGCGUCAGUUCGAGAGACGAGCCAGUGAGGAGUUGGAAGACGGUCCGGCUGGAAGCAGCAAUGCGGGGAAAUCGCGAAGCAACUCAGCUGGCGAUGAGGCGGAGGAAAGCAAAACCUCCAAGACGGUGGCAUGGAUGUGGCCCGAUGUGGCGCAGAUGGACUCGGAUGAGGCACGGGAGGUUCUUGAUCGCAUUUUGGCUGAGUCAAAGAGCAAGACACGUCGGGCAAAGGAGCUGGCAGCUGCGGCGGCCGCUACAACUGCUGCAGCAGCAGCAGCAGCAGGCUCGUUGCCAGGGUCGCCUUGUACUGCCGCUGCGGUUGUCGGCAGUGGUGGAAAUGCUGGUGCCUUUGGUGCGGACUUCUUCCCCACGGAGAAGGUCACGGGUUCGUGUCACAACAGUCCCUUCCAUCAGGCGCGUGUUGCAUCACAGAAUACUGUCUUCUCGACGUCUUCAACGACCGUUCCUGCUCAGGUCAACUUGCUCGGUGGAUUUUUGUCUGAGAGGCGACUGACAACCGUGGACUUCCAUCCGGAAGCGGAUUUCUCAGACCACCAUGGGAUUUGUGGUGCGUCCGCCUCCACGACGGCUUUCUGGCCCAGUGCAGCUCGUCAUUCUUUCUCUGCGGGCGCUCCUGUCGUCGUUGGCACUGGUCAUAGUCCCACCCUCCUCCGACGUCACACUAUGGCUUCGGAGCACCAACAUCACCUCAUGUUGGAAAAUAUGAAGACUUCGGGCAGUGACGCUAACCAAACCGGAGGAUUCGAUUUUAUCAACACUCUGGAGUCCCUCUGUCUCAGCAGCGAUGAUGGUGGAUGCAUUCGCGAUGAACUUGCCUACCCACCAGGCUUUGAUAACCAGUACCAGAACACGGAUUCCGACGCUAUGGCUGUUUCUUCCGGUUGGCCGGCGACGCUCUUCAAAAACAGUGGAGCCUCCGAUGGCUUAUCCUCAGAGGGUUCAGUGAACUCGGAUGCUGCUCUGCGAAGCAUUUGGAGCGAUGCUGUUUCUACUAAUGCUGCCAACACCAAUGGUGGCAGUGGUGGUGGAGGAUUCUGUUUCUCCGUCAAUCCGUUUUCUGGUACUGCGGCGGCGGGAGUGAUAAUCCCACCCGUCUCGACGUCAAAUCGAUGCGGAGCUAUUGGGGAGGGCAGACGUCGCGCUUCGCCACCGACUGGGGCUUCUGCAGCACCCACCGAGGCUACCUCCAUUCCCGCAGUUUAG